AGCAGGAGAUAGUGAUGGAAAUGGAAAUGGGGAUGGACUCUCUUUGGCCUCACCAUCAACACCCUCCUCCUCUUCCUCCUUCCUCAGAAGUACCAGAUGCCUUCUCCUCCUACUACUAUUACCCUCCGUUGGCCGCUGCCGCAGCCGCGGCCGCUACGACGGACAACCCAACGCCUCCGGCAGUUUCAAGGUCAAGGGCGUCAAGAUCUAGGGCCGCGGCGAGGAAAGACAGACACAGCAAGAUAUGCACGGCCGGUGGGAUGAGGGACCGGCGGAUGCGGCUGUCCCUGGACGUGGCCCGGCGCUUCUUCGCCCUCCAGGACAAGCUGGGCUUCGACAAGGCCAGCAAGACGGUGCAGUGGCUCCUCGACAGGUCCACCGCCGGCAUCAACCACCUCGCCGCCUCCAUGUCCGCCUCCAUGUCCUUGUCGGAGGAGGACGUGGACGGGUCUGUUCUCCUGGACCUGGACAACAACGACCACGCCAUGGCCAUGGCGGCCGAUGCUGAAACAAACAAGCAGCAGGAGCAGGAGCAUCAGACGGCCAAGGCAAAAAGAAGAUCAGCUCCUGCUGUUCCAAGUCCAAGGAAGAAGAGCAGCAAUGGCAGCGCCCCUGUUCUCCUCCCAGACAAGGCGUCCAGGGCAAGGGCCAGGGAGAGGGCCAGAGAGAGGACCAAGGAGAGGAACCGCCUCCGGUCGGAGGCUCCGGCACCGGCGCCGGCGAGGCAGCCAGUGGUUCCGGCAGUAACCUGCAGCAACAACUACUACGAGGAGGGGGAGCAAGAGCCAUGGGAGCUGGGAGGAGUUGUCUUUGCCAAACCGCGCAUCCAGUACUGAUCAUCCAGUCGAAUAAAGGCCAUCCAAAUCGGUACUUGCAGAGGCUCCUCUAUCUUCGAUCGUACGUAGUACGUGUGUUUCCAUUAACUGAUUGCUUUUCUAUCUCGAUCUUGCCGUUUUUCUUCUAUCCAACAACUUCAUCCAUCCACCAGUGAUGAAUAAUGGAUUAAUCAGUCAUCACAUGCCAUGUUCCUCUUUUGCUUGCUUUUGUUUAUUAGUAAUUUCUAAACGGUUUAUUAGUAAUUAAUUUCUGAACGAGGAUCGA